AUGAUCUCUUUACAAUGUAGAAAGCCAGUCUCUGGUACGAUGACCGGCAUCUUUGGACAGCGCUUUGCGUCUUCCUUAAGAUCCGGUCAAUCUAAAAAGAAGAAGGCAACUAACCCGCGAAUGGAGUUAAAUCGGUUCUUGGGACCCAAAAAUUUUAAAGGCCUAUAUUACAGGAAUCCACUUGCGUAUACACCUGAUUAUGCGAAGUACUCGAAAGAUGCAAAUUAUAUUACGGCCUAUCCUAUCCGACAAGAGGAUCGAAUGGGACCAGCGGUCAAAUGGGACCAAGUAUUCCAAUCAGCUGAUAACCGUCGUCAAUAUGCUAGAAAUAUUGACCCUCUAAAACCGUUUGCUGAUAAUCCACGUUGUAAGAGUGCAUUAUUGAUUUCCGAUGCUUUGCGGCAAUCUAUUAUUGAUGAACACAAUGGCGGUCUGUCAACUCAAAGAAUCAGUUUCAAAUACAAGAUCGCUUUGCCACGAGUAGAGGCUAUUAUCAAACUUUAUGGGGUAGAGCAACAGUUUUUAUCACAAGUAAGUAUUAAUUGUGCUCUGAUAAAUUUUAGGAGCGGGCAUCUGUUAGUUUAUGAUGAUUUUUAA